AUCUUUGCCAACAGUAUAUGGGUAUCCACAGACCACGAUGAAAUUGAGACAGUGGCAAAGCAAUUUGGAGCUAAAGUCCAUCGCAGAAGCCCUGAGGUAUCUAAAGACUCAACAACUUCUUUGGAGGCCAUCCAAGAGUUUCUUCAUAAGCAUCCUGAGGCUGAUAUUAUAGGAAAUAUUCAGGCAACAUCUCCCUGUUUACAUCCUGAUGAUCUUAAGGAAGUGGCAAAAAUGAUCCAAAACAAAGGCUAUGAUUCAGUCUUCUCUGUUGUGAGACGGCAUCUGUUUCGAUGGAGUGAGAUAAAAGAAGGUAAUGAAGUAACAACACUUCAAGGUGGCCUGGAUCCAAAAAGACGGCCCCGGCGUCAGGAUUGGGAUGGGGAACUUUAUGAAAAUGGGUCAUUUUACUUUGCUACAAAGGACCUGAUUAAAAAAGGCUACUUACAGGGUGAAAAAGUGAUGUACUAUGAAAUGCGUGCUGAACACAGCGUGGAUAUAGAUGUAGAUAUCGACUGGCCUAUUGCAGAGCAAAGAGUGCUGAGAUAUGGGUAUUUUGGUAACACUGAAAAAAAGCAAAUAAAAAAGGUGAAGCUACUCGUCUGCAUCAUUGAUGGAUGUCUCACUGAUGGUCGCAUUUGUUUGUCAGAAGAUCAAAAAGAAAUAAUCUGUUAUGAUGUUAGAGAUGCUAUUGGGAUUUCCUUAUUAAAGAAAAGAGACAUUCAGGUACUGCUAAUCUCAGAAAGGAACUGUUCAAAGACUAUUUCUGCUACAAAAUUGGAUUGUGAAGUGGAAGUCAGCGUGACAAAUAAACUGCAAGUUGUAGAAGACUGCUUGAAAAAAAUGAAUUUAAGCUGGAAAGAAGUGGCUUACAUAGGAAAUGAAGAAUCCGAUGUGGACUGCUUGAAGACAGCUGGGAUAAGUUGUGUUCCUGCAGAUGCUUGCGCUGCUGCUAAGACGUCUGCUAGCUAUAUCUGUAAAAGUAAUGGAGGCCAUGGUGCCAUUCGUGAGUUUGCAGAACAUUUAUUGCUGCUAAUGGACAAAGUGAAUUCAGAAGAAAAAAGAAAAUGAAGAACUAAUGAGGAAAACCCCCAUUCCUCCCCCUCCCUCCUGGACAGGAUAAAGUCUGCCUUUAUUUUGCACAAUGGCUUGCUUUUGUUUGAAACUUCAACACAUUUAGAAGGGCAUUGUCAACACAUUCAGGCCCCUACCUUGGCUUAAUUUUAAUACAAUCAGUAAUCUAAAUGCUUUCAGUCAGAAGCAUAACGAAAAGGAUUUGUUUGUGAAACAAAAUUACAGCAUUGUGCUUUGGCGUGAGACUCACAAAAUAAAACUGGUUAUUCUAUAUGGACUGUCCAAGCUGAGUGAAAUGCAAAACAUCUGUGGCAGAAAUGGUGAAAGAGAUGCCAUUUAAAAACUAGAUCCUCUUCAUGAAUUUUGUUCAUAAGAAAGCUAAGGACAUUUGACAACUGGGUAUAAAAUGCUACCACGCUGAAAGAGUCUGAUCCAACGUAAUGUAAGCAUUAGAGUCAACUUUUAAUGACUAUCCAAGGUGUAAGACACUGGUUUUUGUUCUUACCCUCCUAGUGUGAGCUUAUUUAUCUUACAACCAUUGCUCUUCCAGUGUGUACACAAACUUGUGCUCAUUAGAAGUGAUUCACAAAAUAACUGCUACUUUCUCAUACUAUAAAUAAUGCCUAAAUAUUGUAACAUGAGUAAACAAUUGUAUAAAAUACUGUAUGUAAGUUGUAUGUUGCUUAAUGCAGACUUUUUGUUGCUUUUGGAUGAAUCCACCAAAAUUGCACAGAGGACUCAUGGCAUCAAGAGGGCACAAAAUUUAUUUUUUGCUAAACCACACGGUCAUGAAAUAAUGCCCUUUGUGGAGUCUACUCAUUUUACAGUAUUUAGUCCUAAUCCAAUUUGAUAUUGUACACUUCCUGCAAGGUAGUAGUCACUCUUGACUCCUGUUGAAUAUUAUUGGGGGGAGGGAGUUCAUGCCAAUCUGGCACUAUGGCCCUAGUCCUAUAAAGCACUUAGGCACAUGCUUAGUUUUAAGCCUGUGAGUAGUCCUAUUGAUUUCAGGAUUGUGCUUUAUACCCUUAAAGCUGUGCUGAUGUCACUGGGACUAUUUACAUGAUUAAAAUUAAUCCUGUUUUGCAAGGCUUUCUGAACAGGAGGCUAAAUUUGCAGGUAAUGGGAACUUUGAGUCAGUUCUGUUGCAAAAACUUUUUGCAAAAAAAAAAAAGUCUGCCCUUUCACAUUGUGAAUAUUAGUGUCAGAUCACUGAAAGGAGUCCUGUCACCGCUUCUGAUCUUUAUUGUAUGAAUGUAAUUCUGGAAAUCUGUAGUUAUUAUAUCUAUAUUGGUAUGAAUCCUGGCUUUUUUAUAUUUUAUAUCAUGUUAAUUCAAGGGUGACUUAUCAAUUGAUCUCUUCCCCCCCCCCCCCAAAAAAAAUGUUUUGAUGAUGUAUUGUGUACAUAUAAGCAGUUGUCAAGCACAGGGCUUAAAAAUGCAGAUCUGUUUCUAAUCUAUUUAUCAGUGGGUCAGAUUCAAACACAGAUAAUGCUAAAACAAUCCCAAUAAUUUUAAUAGGAGCUGCAUGUAUAUAACUGAUAGCCAUAUAAGAAACACUGUUUACAGUUUGGAUAACUUUGAGAUUACAUGUUAAAUUAUAGUGCUGUUGGUUUUGGGAGUUCAGGACAGAUGUAUUGCCUAUCUUAUUUUACAGUUCAGUUUUGUUAAUAUGGUAAUAUAAUUUGUUCUUUUUUAUUGUUUAUUUAAUUACAACUAUAUAAUGCUUAAAACUGAGAUUUCAUUACUGAUCAUCAUUUCAAUUUAUUUGUAAGGCUGCUUGUGAAUUGUUUCCUGUUUGCACCAAUCAGUACAAAAUGAUUAUUGAAGUAUUUCAUAGCGUUCUCCAUAGGAUGAGUUACAGGAAUUUUGUCAACAGGUAUAGGAAAAGCAGGCCCUAUUUUGGACUAAGCUACAGUCCCUUUGACAGUGUUCCUUUUAACUUAUGUAGACUCCUAAAAUCUCAGAAGUUGUAUCAUUUAUAGCUAGGACUCCGCAAGGUAUUUAAGAUGGUGCCUCAAUUAAAUAAGUCGUGCUUAAUUUCCUUGCUUAGUCAGGGCAUAUAUACUCAUUAUGAAGAAGUGUUUAUUAUGAAUGGACAAUAUGAAGCAUGGUUAAAGUUGCUGUACUAAACUUGCUUUCUUUCUCCUCUACAUUAGAGGCAGAAAUAAUAAUGUAUGACAUUUUUGAACACUUGGAGUUUGUACCAUUUUUUCAUAUGUAUGUACAAGAAAUACGGUGAUUUCUUUUUGUCUAAUGAGGAGAAAGAAUUGGUAACUGUUAAAUAAAAUGUUCACACUUCUGCCA